GAAACCCAAAUUUUCCCGCUAUUUUCAUAAUCAGACUAAUCUUUGGGAAUUUCUGCCAAUUUUUCUCUUUGAAAUUUUCGGCUAGGGUUUGUAGAGAUCUCUCUCUACCUAUCGAAGAAUAAAUUCGAUAAGCGCCACGGUCUUCAGUAUCUGGAAUCCACGAUUAAUCAAAUUUCCGAUCUCACUGGCAAUUUCCGAAGCUGUACGCACGCGAUCGGAUUUUUUUUUGCGGAAUUCGGACUCAGCUUCUCGUAUCAGUUGCAGUUGAUCGGCUUCGAGUUCGGAAUUUUCAUUUUCUCGUUCUGUGAAGAACUUUUGGCUUUUUAGGUACGAACUCCUCUUGUUUGAUGUUAAUUGCGGUUCUAAUGGUUGGAUUUUCUGGAAAAUGUGGAGUAUUUAUCGACCUGGUUAUUAUUUGUUUGCCUGAUUUUUUCCGAAUAAAUCUAGGGUUUUUGUGAUAUAUUUCGGGUAAAAAGGAAUUAUUUUGCCUAUUUAUUGUUUAAUGUUCGUAUAAAUCGUAGAAUCGACUCUGGGGAAUGUCUCGUGAUUUAUUUUCCUCGUUUUUCCAGAGAAUUACUCUAAUAUUUGACUUAACUAGCUUAUAGAAAAACAGUAUCAUGCUUCUAUCUGGUAUUGGUGACUUGAAUUUAGUGAUUUUUGUUUGAUUUAAACCAUGAUUAUUGGGUAAAUUCUGUGUAGAAGCAUCUUCAGUUGCCGUAAUUCAGUAAGAAAGACUCGUUUCCUCUGUAUGUUUUGGUAGACUCACACUUUAUGUAAAUUAAUUGUCAAUUUCAAAUCUAAAAUUACUGACAGCAUUUAGAAAAUCUCUUUCGGUGAUUUACAACCAGUCCAUCACUUUAGCCUUUUGUGGAGAAACGUAUUAAUUUGAGGAUACCGAAGAUUCCCUCUUAUUAAAAUUUGUGCUUGGUCGGGAACUGCUCGAAAACAUUAAGAUGAACAGCUAUCCCCGGAGAAUAAAUUGAUUUGGUUAUGGAAUGCUUAUGGUAGUGACAGUCUAUCCAUGGAUGGCAUGUUUUAAACUGAGGCUUUAGAUUAUGCUAGAGUGUCGAUUCGGUUGACUGAGUGCUUUGGAAGCGAAAGGAGCAGUUUAAGUAUUUAAUUGGUGGAGACUCAUACUUUAGUUUUGUACAUUAUCACGAAGCUUAGACUGGAUCGAGUAGGAACAUGGUACUAUAGGCCUUGAGAUUGGUUUGGUUCUCGUUUCGUUCUUGCUUCUCUUUAAUAAUAUUAAUUCUGUUUAGAAAAAAAGACUCAUACUUCGCCUUAUUAUCCAUGAUUAUUCUUUUAACGCAUCGAUUUUUUGUAUUCUGAAUUUUUAGGUCAUUCUAAUGUACAUUGCAUUAUAGAAAAUCCAGACGUAGAGGGGAAAAAGGAUAUUUUCACAACUUCCUUUUUUUUUCUGUGUAUAGGAAAAUGAAUGUAAAAUAAUAUUUCUGAAGGCUGAAAUGAGAUGCAAUGCUUGCUGGCGAGAAUUGGAAGGGCGAGCUAUUACCACCACCUGUGGUCACCUCUUGUGCCCUGAAGAUGCCAAUAAGAUUCUCAGCAAUGAUGGUGCUUGCCCCAUCUGUGAUCAAGUGCUGUCCAAAAGUCUUAUGAAGCCCGUCGAAAUCAAUCCAAAUGACGAGUGGGUAAAUAUGGCCAUGGCUGGAGUAUCUCCUCAGAUUCUGAUGAAGAGUGCGUACAGAAGUGUGACAUUUUAUAUCGGGCAAAAGGAUUUAGAGAUGCAAGUCAAGAUGAACAAAGUAGUAGGUCAGUGCCGGCAGAAAUGCGAGGCAAUGCAAGAGAAAUUCACGGAGAAACUGGAGCAGAUUUACACCGCCUACCAGAAAAUGACCAAAAGGUGCCAAAUGAUGGAGCAAGAAUUGGAGAGCUUGUCCAAAGACAAGCAAGAGCUUCAAGAAAAAUUUGCAGAGAAGUGCAGGCAGAAGAGGAAACUCGAUGAAAUGUACGACCUAGCAAGAACUGAAAUUGAUUCAUUGAAGCGAUCAGCCAUUCAGCCUGUAAACCACUCUUUCUCCAGACAAGAUCCUGAUUUGUUCUCAAAUCCAUCUAAUAGAAUGGAUAACAGAGAUUCUAUUAGGAAAGGGCCGAGAGAGGAUAUGUGGCCAGCAAGACAAAAUUCUAAUUCUACAUUCGAUAUUUCUGGCGGCUCACCUGCAAAACAGUCGGCAAUUCCAAUGGAAGCUGGAAACAGAAUGCCCAACGCUCGAUCUUCUUUCGGAGUUGGCAAUGGAGCUGGGCCAGCUGGCAAUCCUUCGAUGACUCUAAGAAACCUUAUUCUUUCACCAAUAAAGCGACCUCAGCUCUCCCGUAAUCGAACUCAAUUGUUCACUUUGUAGUUGCUUUCUACAUUCGUAUGAAGUUAAAGAAAAAGGCACAACUACAGCAAUGAGGAAAUUGCGAUUUAGGGGAGUGGCCACUUGAGGUAUGGCAAUUAUCGUUGUGUGGUUCCAAUUUACGAAUGGUACCUCUCGUUUAUUUCUGCCCUUGUGUAGAAAUGAGUAAGGCUGUGUUUAAGGUAUUUUCCAGGUGCAUACUUUGUGCAAAUACCAGUAUUGUAGAUUGCUCACAAAAUGGACUUUUUCGUGUUGCCAAUUUACUCGUUACGAAUUUCGGGGUACCAAAAGUUGGACAUCGAAUAUGAGUUUUAGCUGUCCAUACGUAAUUGAAAUGUAAUAUCAGCUUUAGCAUAAUUACUUUGCGAAUACUAUGCAAUCACAAGUUUCCAUCCACUACAUAAUUUAGAAAAACGAAAAAA